AGAUUGGCUGCAUUGGAAGCAGAACUUUGCAGAGUUGAUUCAACUGAUCCAAUCUUGGUCUCAACAAUUCUCGAUGCGUACACACAGAAUCCGCACCUAAAACAGCAGAGUGCUUACCACAGGUUGGAUGUUAUUGAUAGGUGCUUCUCGGGGAGAACAGUGGAAGAAAUUAUAGCUGCACUUGAGAGAGAGGCCACUCAUGGAGGCGACGAUUGGAUCUCAGCCACUAUUAGAGCAUUGAAAAAGGCUUCACCAGCAAGCCUUAAAAUCUCUCUUAGAUCGAUAAGAGAAGGACGAUUACAAGGGGUGGGGCAGUGCCUUAGCCGUGAGUAUAGAAUGGUGUGUCAUGUGCUAAAGGGAGAUAUAAGCAAAGAUUUUGUGGAGGGGUGCAGAGCCAUAUUGAUUGACAAAGAUAAGAAUCCAAAGUGGGUGCCAUGGCGGCUGGAGGAGAUGAAGGAUAGGAUGGUAGAGCAGUACUUCAAGAGAGUGGAGGAAGUUGAGGAUCUAAAGCUUCCACCAAGGAAAAAUUUGCCUGCCUUAGCAAUGGCAAAGCUGUGAAAUGGAGAAGGUGAUGGAGCACUAUGGUUUAGGUCUGAAAAGGAAAAUAAAUGUAAUAGGCGACGCUUGUGUUGAAUUGGCCUUGCAUACAUACAUACAUGUAGUAGUAUAUUGUUAAUUUGAAUUGGCAUUAUUGUUGUAAUGAAAGAUGACACCAAAGCAGAGAGAUGUUAAAGAA